AUGCAAUUUACACUUAACUACAUCCAGAACAAACCCGCUGCAAUCGACGGAGCCGUCACCCAAAUUAAGGCGCAGCUUGAAGAGCUUAGGGAGAAGUUGAAGAAUGAGAACGGCGAUAAAGAUGAUGUAAUUGAAAGGUUGACAGAUUUGAAAGAGAAAGGUCUUGUGAAUGGUGACUGGCCAGUCAACGGUCAAACUCUCAGUGGCCUUGGGAAAAUCCAGGAGGACCUUAAAGAGCAGAAUGAGCAAUUGGGCAAGCAAACCAAAAUUAUUGGAGAUAACAUGACCAUACUCGUAAGAAAAAUUAAGUUGGAACUUGCAAAGAUCGGAUACAAGUUGGAAAACCUAAACACCGAGGAGGACGUUAUGGACAAUUUAAAAAAGCUAAAAGAAAAGAUUGGCCAAGGUAAAGCAGAAAAUGGAAAUCUUCACGGAAUUCAUAAUGCAAUUAAACACCUUCACGACGAUCCGUUUGUUAAUAAAUCCACAGCCAUCGAUGCCGCCAAGCAAGAAAUUGUAAAAGAACUCACUACCCUUCAAGGUGUGUUGCAAGGCACCAAGGGCAGUGAUGUCAUUACCACACUGAAUGAUUUGAAGAACGGUGGACUAAGUGGAGAUAAGUGGGAUAAACAUAAUAAAAAUAAAAGCCUCAAAAACAUCGAAAGUGAACUUAACACUCAACAAACUACGUUGAACGGCCAACCGAAGAACAUAGAGGAUGGCGUCCAGUCAAUCACCGGUGAGCUUGAAAGGCUUAGAGUAACUUUGAACACUGACGUCACUAAAAAGUUACAGAAGCUGAAAGAGCAUGGCCUUAAUGAAGGCAAAGAAUCGUGGACACAUGAAGGUAAUCCAGACAAAGGCCUCACUAAAAUCACCGCAGACAUCGCGACCAUAAAAACAGAGAACGUCGACCAAGUGAAGGAGAAACUCAAGGAGCUGUGCACGGCGAUACGGACGGAAGCCAACGAGUUAAGCAGAGACUUAAAGCGUAUGAAAAGUGACAGCCUUGAUGAGUUGACUGGGAUAAAAGAGAAUCUCCGUAAGCUUCAAAUCCGUCUGGAACGCGGGCCAAUCAAGGCCUGCAAGGAGUUCAUUGACAGGGAGGCCGACAAGUUCGGAAGGGAAUGCAUUGCGUUCCUCACAGCGUUCGUGAACGGCCAAGUGGACACCGCAAUCGAGGACCUAACAGCCUUCGCCAGGCAGCAAUGUGCCUCCAACAUCAAGGAGCUUUUGAAGUUGUUCGCCCACAAGGUGGAAGAAGAAUUGAAUCCCUUGCCUCCGUUAAUAAACGGGGAUCUGCAGAUAGGGUAUAAAGGGUUUGUGUAUAAUAUGGAAGGCGAAAAAGGCGUGAACAUUAAUAGGCUCAAAGACGUGAAAAGCAGAGAGCUUCAAGCAUUGUCCUCCGCGUUCCAGAAUUUCUUCGCGCCGCUAGACGAGCAUCUCCGUGAGGAGAUUGAGAGGGUAAAGAAGCAGAGUGACGACGAGAAAAAUCCCUCACUCCCCAAGUCAGAAGAGCCCUACGCCGCCGAGUGGGACGCCGUGCACAGCGAUGUCAACGCCCUGCUCAAUUACCUCUGCGUGACACAGGGCUUCGACCACAGACUCACGGAGCUGCUCCGCAACCUCACCGACGCGUUGAGUGAACUCAAGCCUGAGAGCUUCGCCAGGCCCUCAAGUCCCCUGCUGGACGGUCUGGCGGAGGGGCUCACAAAGUUCGUCGCCGAGUUCACGUGUGCGUACGUCUCCGCCUACUCGGGCGCACAGUUCACCGCCGACUUGCUCAAACAUGAGACCCUCACCGAGACCGUAAGAUCGCAAGGCACAAAGUCCGUCACCGUCAGAAACGUCAGCAGCCUGACGCCAUACGGCGCCAUGUGCGCCAAGGUCUUCCUCACCCUGCUGCCGACACUGUGCGAUGCCUUCACCAGGCUGGCGGAGCAGUGCGGCAAAGGCGGCAAGUGGAGGGAUCUGAGCAUUAAUUCAAGCAGUGAACUCGGCACUUUCCUCCAGCGCUCCGGCUACAAGGUCUCCACCUCUCCCUUUGACCAGGACGGCGAGCUGCGCGACGAGUGCAACGGCCGCGACGUGUAUGUCCUGGUCACCCAGAACAUUAAGGAGACCCAUGACAACGAACACCUCAAAAAAUGCCUGUCCCUCACACACGCCUGUAAUCUCUUACAGCUCCUCAAAUGCCUCUGCACGCACCUCACUGAGUACUACAGGACGUGCCACCUCAAGGUGCAUCCCUCACCCCGGCCGCCGUGCAGUGUCUACGAGAUGCUGACAUGGUGCUGCGGGCUCCCGCACAACGCCGUGUACCUGGGCCUCAACUCCGAAGCGCUGCCAUCGCUCUUCGAGGCGGACGAGCAGGACUCUGCGGACUCCGACGUGCCCUUGAUGAACCUCGGCAGCCUUGCGCUUAAGGCCCACACGCAGCACAUCACUGUCGCUGGGCUUACGGACGCACUCACGGAGGUGUGCCAUAAAGCGCAUUCAGUGCUCACCACGUUACUCGGCCACGGCCACGCAGGUGGCAUAUACGCCUGCGACUUCAACACCAACCCGGCAGGCCUGCUCUACCCCGGCGACGCCGACGCUUUGCUCUGCCUGCUGUACGAUGUGCUCAAACGCCUCCACCAACAGCUGUAUCUCCUCUACCGCCGGUGCCUCUACAACGCCCGGCACGGCGGAUGGCUCGACUGCUGGUACGGCCGGGGCGUCGGAGGCUCAUCGUGGCGGUGCAACACCAUGCAGUGUGCCAACCAAAUAUGUGACCAACAGUGCAACCAAACACACAACCAAAUAUGUAACCAACGCUGUGACCAACACCCUAAGUGCGGCCUUAAGUCGCCGCUCCAGUCGUUCCUCGAGGACGGCCUGGUGGGAUUCCUGCCGCAUAACCUGUCCCCCAAGGACACCUGUGUCUCAUGCUCCGGCUGUGACACCAAGUCACCCGGCCUGCCGUGCAAGACGCCCAUGGGCCUCUCCAACAUUACCAGGCUGGCCUCCCGUGCCUCCACAGGCCGACACAUCAUGGACGUUCUCGGCGCCUUCUGCGGCGGCGCAUCGUCGCCCCUCACCAGGCUGUGCGACUUCCUGAAUUGCCUUUUCACCCGCCCGCCAAGGACGCCAGACGACCUGUUCGCCUUUUACUACAAUUUCCUACGUGACUGGACUCAGAACGUCGAUCACCGUAAGGCGGCCUUCGAGGGCGCCGUCGGCGACGCUUGCUUCUGGCAGCGGGGCGUCACACUGGACGUCAGUACAAUCUUCCGCACCAAGGACCAUGGCUCCGUCACCAACAUGCCUCACCUCACCGGGGACCUCUUCUCACUCGUCGAGUGCAACGGCAACCAACGCUCCGCUCCGCCACACCCCUGCGGCCCAUACCUCAAGCCCCUCGGCCACGACGUCCGUGCCACCUUCUCCAAGGCACACGCCCACCUCUACCUCUCGUGGAUAGUGUACCUCACGGAGACAUUCUACGACCUGCUCAAGCAACUGCUCCGGGACUGCGAGCGCACCUGCGCCGACGCCACAUCCAACUGCCACGCCAGGAGCUGCGACAACCAAUGCACAGCCAAGCGUCUUCCCAUGGCCCCGGACUCCGAGCACCUUGAUUCAUGCCCCUCCAUCGUGGACUGCGACUCCACCACGCCCACACUCUUCCGGUACGGCUUCGUGCACAGGGACGUCCACAGCCUCGCCGGAUCCACCAGCGGCCACCCAGCCAAGCGGACCUGCCAGGAUCUCUGCACGGCACUGCAAGUCGCCGUCAAGCAGAUGAACCCUCUCCACAGGCUGGCGCACGACACCAUCCCCGAGUACCUCUACCGCAUCCGUGCGCCCUUCCUCUACACCAUCACAGCACUCUGGUCUAUCGCCACGCUCUACAUCGCCCACACGAUGCUCUACCGCAUGGACGUGCUUCGCAUCCGCUCCCAUCUCCUCACCACCAGGGCAUCCCACCUCAUCGACGUCAAGGCGCUGCUCGCCGGCAGCCGCAGGAUGCUCUCGCUCUACAAGGACGUCGACUACUUCGACGAUGACUUUCACUCGUGA